AUGAUUUCGCGGCUGGCACAAGGAACAAGGUUUGUCGUGCCGUUUGUGCGACGAAUCUCCGCCACCACAUCACUUAAUCAAGGGACGGUAAGUGUAGAACACAAGGGAGAUGUGGCCGUUAUCAAGAUGGAUUUGCCAAACACUAAAGAGAACGUCCUCAACGAGAGGUUGACUAACGAUCUACAAACGGCAUUUGAGAAUGUGGAACACGAUAAUUCGGUAAAGUCAAUUGUUUUGAUGUCAGCAAAACCUGGCAGUUUUGUUGCUGGUGCUGAUGUGGGCAUGCUGAGCAAAGCAAAGACAGUAAUGGAAGGAGCAACAAUUUCAAAAAAAGGACAAGAACAGUUUGCCAAACUGGAAAUGUCCGGAAAACCUAUAGUUGCUGCAAUUAUGGGUAGCUGUAUGGGUGGGGGACUGGAACUAGCCAUGUCUUGCCAUUAUCGUGUUGCCGUGAAUGACAAGAAGACACAGCUCGCGUUGCCAGAGGUAAUGCUCGGUCUUCUUCCUGCAGCUGGGGGUACUCAGCGACUGCCGAAAUUAGUGUCGCUUCAGAAUGCCUUGGAUAUGAUGCUAACUGGAAAGAGGAUCAAGGCUGACAAGGCCAAGAAAAUCGGUCUGGUAGACUCUAUUGUUCAACCUCUUGGAGAUGGCCUUGAGCCGGCGGCAAUAAAUACUCACAAAUACCUAGAGAGAGUAGCGGUGGAUACAGCUCGGCAGUUAGCCAAUGGAUCACUCAAAGCAAGUAGAGAAAAACCGUUGCUGGAAAAAGUUGUCCAGAAGGCUAUGACAACAUCAUUCGUAUUGGAUAAUGUUGUAAUGAAGAUGGCUAGAGACAAGGUAAUGAAACAAACUGGCGGAAAUUAUCCAGCUCCGCUUAAGAUCCUGGAAGCAGUGCGUGCAGGAAUCGUGGAAGGGCCUUCUCGAGGGUACAGCAUGGAAUCGCAGAGCUUUGGUGAACUUAUUCAAUCAUAUCAGUCAAGAGCUUUAGUAGGACUCUUCAAUGGAUCCACUGAGUGUAAGAGGAACAAGUAUGGUCAGGGACUGCCAGUUAAAGAAGUUGCAGUUGUUGGUGCAGGACUCAUGGGGGCUGGAAUUGCUAAUGUUACCAUCGACAAAGGUUUAAAGUGUGUUCUGUUGGAUAUGAACGAACAGGGUUUGGCGCGUGGUGAGAACCAAAUCGCUACUCAACUAAAUGGCCAAGUGAAACGUAAGAAGAUCAACAAGUUGGAAAAAGAAAGAAUGAUGUCGAACCUCGUUGCGUCGUGCGACUACAGCGCCAUGAAAAAUUCCGAUAUUGUGAUUGAAGCAGUCUUCGAAGAUCUGCCGUUGAAACAUAAAGUCAUCAAGCAAAUAGAAGGAAUUGUUCGAAAAGAUACGGUCAUCGCUUCCAACACAUCUGCUUUGCCCAUUAAGGACAUUGCGAAGGCGUCAUCUCGCCCGGAUAAGAUCAUUGGGAUGCAUUACUUCUCACCAGUAGACAAAAUGCAACUGUUGGAAAUCAUUGUCCAUAAAGAAACUUCAAAAGAAACCCUUGCGACGGCUGCUCAAUUAGGGCUGAAACAAGGCAAAGUCGUUGUAGUGGUUAAGGAUUGCCCCGGAUUUUUCGUUGUUCGAUGCUUAGGCCCAAUGAUGUCUGAAGUGGUACGCUUGUUGCAAGAAGGUGUCUCUCCUCAAGAUUUGGAUAAACUUACUAAGCAGUUUGGGUUCCCUGUAGGAGCCGCUACACUAGCUGACGAAGUUGGGGUGGAUGUAUAUGGACAUGUGGCAAUAUUCUUAGGCAAAGCUCUAGGUCCACGAGUGCAUGGUGGAUCAGCAGAGCUGCUUGCCGAAAUGGUAAAUGCUGGAUUUAAAGGAAGGAAAACGAACAAGGGAAUUUAUGUCUAUGAAAGCAAAGGGAAGAAGAAGGUGAACGAAGAGGCGAUGAAGAUAAUCCAAAAACAUCGAUUGACAGAGCCGAACAGCUGCUCAUCAGUAGAAGAUCGACAGCUACGUCUUGCGACGCGAUUUGUCAAUGAGGCGCUGCUCUGUCUUCAAGAAGGAGUAAUUUCUAGCCCUACGGAUGGAGACAUCGCAUCAGUGUUUGGUAUCGGGUUUCCGCCAUUCUGGGGAGGCCCCUUCCGAUUUGUUGAUCUAUAUGGCGCAAAGAAACUUGUGGCUGCGAUGGAUAAGUUCGCAGCCGCCUACGCAUCGGAACAGUUCACUCCAUGCCAACUUCUCAAGGAUCACGCAGAGAGCGGGAUGAAGUUCUACCGAUAG